AUGGAAAAGCUGCUCACCGUAGUGUGUGUUUCAAGCCUUCUUCUAGCCACUCUCGCGGACGAUGCCUCCUCCAGAUCUUCUCUUCAGCACCCCUCCCCGGACAGUCUACAAGGUCGUGUUCUAGGUCGCAGAGGCAGAGAGGAACCGGCACACCACCACCAUUACCGGCGUGAAGGCGACCACGAGGAGCAGCAUGAGCACGCACCAUUUUCUGCUCAGAAGAAAUUUGCUUUGUUCAGAAGAAAAUGUAUGGCACCAUCAGAGUUUUUUGACGACGAAGCACAAGUGCAGGUUGUGCCUAUGGGAGUGGAGAGUGUUGAAGAGAGGAGGAAGGCGGGCUGGAGGAACGAGGACGAGGAGGCGGUUGCGACGGAAGGGCUGAUCUCCAGCGCGGACUACAGCGGCGUGGCCAUGCACGGCCACAGCUCCCCGCCGGCGCACAAAAAGCACCCCAGGCCAUAG